CCGCAGCCUAUAACCAUGGUCCCGGAACGUCUAUCGAUCGCAGAACCAACGAAAGUCAUGAUCUCAGAGGAAGAUCGACGAGAUCUGGAUGGAGUCAAUUGGGCGAGUCAUGACAUCAUACAAAUUGAGACAGACAGCUCUUUAUCCCCUUCAUAACUCACAACACAAUACAAAACAGCAACCAUGAAGAACCUCACUUUUGACGUCCGCUACGACAACGAACUCGCCCACGAGUACUACGGCGACGGACAAAAGCUCACGGACCGGAUGCGACAGAUCUACAAUGGCAAGGAGCUCACGUUUCCCGAUCAAUACGACUCCACCUUCACCACGCCGCCGAUCCACUUUAUGCAGGUCGAGGCGGAAGAUGACGUUGAUGUUGAUGGAUUGAAGAGUGUCAAUGUUCCCCCUGGCUUGAGCAUUAAGAUCAUAGACUUUGAGGAUUAAAUUGAACUUGGGAGCCAAGGUAGCCUGGUAGCCUUUACUAUAGUGAGAUUUAAUUGAAC